UAACAAGACUUUUAAAGAUCAAAAACUUUAUAAAACACCAAAAAUCUAUGUCCAACAAUAUGUGGACACUGGAAAGACCGGCUCUAGGCGAGUCAUAUCACAUGUUCAAGUCCACGUUCAUCACUUUCCUCAAACAACUUCAUAAAAAUGAGCCUGAUCUUGCUGCAGCUUCAUUUUAUGCUCGUAGAGUGCUUAAACAACGCCUCCAACCACAACAAGAAUUGCAUAUAAAACGCCUACCAUAAUCGCUAUUGCAACUUUUGAUCAAACUGGUGAACUUAGUAGGAUCAUUAUUGAUAGUGAAGUUAGUUUCUUGUUGCAUUGGUAAAUUGUAUUUGUAUUGAUGGGUAAAUAAAAGUAUCAAAAAGUCUUAAAAGACUAUUUGAUGUCCACCUAAAUAUUUGUUUUUGGGGAUUUGAGAGACAUGAUGAGAGUUUGUGAAAGAAUAGACAACACACCGGGACAAAUGCAUAGAGACUAGAGUUAUAGAAUGGUGUGGUCGACAUGUGAAUUAUUGAUCUUUCAACACUGUUUCUUGAAUACAACAAUUAAAAGUAAGAUACCAUGGAUUUAGCCAAACCUUCUGUUCUUGAUAUCUUAUUUUGCUUUGACUUUUGACAAUCUUCUUCUUGUUGUGUUGCUUUUGUUUUGUCAUAUACACUAACAGGAAGAUAUCUCUUUAUCCUUAACUGCAAAAUGAUUUUGGUAUAUAGUCUUAUCGGAUCAUUUGGUAUGAAUGAUAGGCUAUUAGGUUUGUGUUUUGUGUGGUGAAAGUAGACAAAACUCCAUAACGACAAGUAGAUGUAUAUGAACAAGCAUAUCCAAAUUCAUACUCUACUCCACACACUCUUGUCUAGUCCCACUUGUUCCACAUGAUCAGUUUUUUCAUGGAUCAUUCAUAGUACACGUAAAUAAUUGCAUAAUAUCAUCAAGUGACAUAUAGCUCCUCUAGUUCCUAUUUUUUCCUGAAAGAAACCUAAUUACUUAAUUAGAGCAUAAAGUCUGCAAGCUAAUUAUGACUGCCACAAACAGUUGCUAAAGUGUUAAAACUUUUGCCAACUAUUUAUUGCUUCUUAACCUUUAUUCUUUAAAAAUCAAAAACCCAAACAAGCAAAGCCGACAAUAAUCUCUUUUGUGCCUCACCCAUUUGUUUCUUUUAUUCCCUAAUAAAUUAAUCACAAUACAUGUAUAUAAGCAAAGAUUCAUCAAAAGUUAAAAGUGUUAAGUGAGAAAACGAAGCACACAAGAUCCAAUAUGGAAGAAGAAAGAACCACAAUCAUCAUGACCUCACUCUCUAUACUCUCUCCUUCACACCUCACGAAUCUUACUCACACCAUUCUCUCUAUCUCCCACCACCAUCGCCGUCGUCUCGCCGCCGUCCUCUCCUCUCCGACGCUUUUCUCCCUCACUCUCCACCACCUCCUUUCUCUAUCCCUUCCCCAAAAAAUCCUCCUCAUCGCCACUCACCUCCUUUCUCUUCUCCACCCUCUUCUACUCCACCGCGACCACCACAAUCCCCCCUUAUCUGCCGCCAAGAUGAAGCUCCGGGACCUCGACGCAGUGGUACUCCUCCUCUUUCUCUGUGAAACACACCAGCUUGAUCCAGAUGUUCUAGAAGCUUCAGCUGAUAAUUGGCGGGAAAUACUCGGUAACAUGUGCUCUGACAAUAUGCUAAAUAGUAUCUCCGGUCUGUGGACUUGCGACGCCGGAAUCUUGAUGCCUUACAUAGAAACCCUAGUUAGAUGCAAAAGAUUCGUCGACAUAAUGAGAAACCACAACCACCUUGGCCUUGGAGUAGGGAAAGAAGGAUAUGAAAUCCCGGCGGCUAGAGCAGCUGUGGUGGCGCUACGUGCGGUUGAGGUGUCAAACGCCGCCGGAGAAGUAGAAUGCGUGAUAUGCAAGGAAGAGAUGGGUGAAGGAAGAGAUGUUUGUGAAAUGCCAUGUCAGCAUUUGUUCCAUUGGAAGUGUAUCUUGCCAUGGCUAAGCAAGAGAAACACAUGUCCGUUCUGUAGGUUUCAACUUCCCACCGACGACGUCUUCUCGGAGAUCCAACGGCUAUGGGAGAUCCUCGUCAAGACCACCGAGUUAGACGUGGCGUGAUGUCAGCUCGCGGUGAUGAAUGCAUGUGUGUGAAAGCUUGUAUAUCGUUGUCCAUAACAGAUGUGUCAAGCAUUAUAACAGAUAGGAAUGUUUGGACCGUUUUGUUCUACAGAAUUUAUGUUCGUUUUUUCCCUAUUUUGAUAAGGACACAUGUGGUUUAGACUCAUGACGACAUUUCUAGUUAUCACAUGAAAUAGUUAUUUUUCAGAACUAAGGCAAAUGGGCUUUAGUUGUUAAAAAAAGACAAAGAUGUUAUAAGUAAUUUUAUUUAGUUGACGAGACUAUGGAAGCUCAAAAUGGGCUUAAUUUAUAAUUUUAAUUGCUUAAUGGUUCUCAAGAAUUGGGUCUUGCGAAUCAGAUGACUUGUUAAAUCGUGAAUGAUUUUUGCUGUAUUUCUAUCGCUGGGCUUUGAUAGACAUGUACAAAUGCCUAUUAUUUUAUUAGAAUAAAACUUUUAAAUAUUUCUUAUGCUCUUUUUUUCUGAGAAAGGGCAUAAAUAUUUCUUAUUAUUUUUUUGGUGUAAAAAUAUUUUUUUAUUCAGAUUAUUAAUCCUAGAGUUCUUUUAUCACACAAAAUUCUGAAAACGAGAGUAAAAAAAUUAUUGAACCACAAUGACUGAACCUAAGUAAAAUUUGAACAGGAUUUUAAUUCAACAUCUUAAUUUAACAUGGCCUAAUGAAAAUCGCAUGUCAAUCAUAUAAAAUGUAAAGUUUAAUUAACCACACACACAGUUUUACCAAAAAAAAAAAAACCACACACACAGUUUUACCAAAAACCACAGUAAUAUAUAUACUUCCUAAACCAAAAAGAUGCACUAUAUGUAUGCUUGUAUAUGCAUAUAUCCGAGUUUAGGGCUGAACCGACAAAGAUUAUUAUAAUAUGCAAUAACUAAAUGUACAAAAAUAUAUUAUAUACAAAAUUGUAGAAAACGAUGAAGAUGGAUAUUGCUAGAUGAGAU